UAACUUCUACAGAGUGCAUUCCGACUCCAAUCUCCACUGCAACAACAACGCCGGGAAGAAGAAGAAGAAGAAGAAGAAGAUAGAGCCUGACCAUACCCAAUCCAUUUUCAUGGAGUUAUCAUUCGUCUCCGCCGUCUUCCUCUUCUUCGUCCUCUAUUUUUCAGUCGCCUCAUUUAUCCGCACCAAGCUUCGAAGGUCGCCUCCUAGUCCUCUUAUAUCCUUCCCCAUUAUAGGUCACCUCUAUCUCUUGAAGAAGCCCCUUCAUCAAACCCUAGCUAAAAUUUCCCGCCAAUACGGCCCCGUCGUAUCGCUACAGUUCGGAUCCAGACCAGUUCUCGUCGUCUCUUCCGCCUCCGCCGCAGAGGAGUGCUUCACGAAAAACGACAUCGUUUUUGCGGAUCGGCCUAAAUUGCUGGUAGGGAAGCACCUCGGAAUGAACUAUACCUCUCUCGUUUGGGCGUCUUACGGGAAUCAUUGGCGGAAUCUCAGACGCGUGGCUACUACGGAAAUCUUAUCCACCAUUCGCGUUAACCUGUUCGAGGAUGUUCGGAGAAGCGAGAUCCGGUCGCUCCUCAAGCGCCUCCGGUUGGGCGGCAGAGUCGAGGACGGGAACGAUUACAGCGUGGUUGAUAUGAAGAUGCUCUUAUUCGAGAUGACGACGAACAUUAUGAUGAGAAUGAUUGCCGGAAAACGGUAUUACGACGAUGACUCCGGGAGUUGGGAGGAGGUGCGGCGGUUUAAGGAGAUCGUGAAGGAGACCUUCGAGGUGAGUGGAUCUUCGAACUUUGUGGAUUUCUUACCUGUUCUGAAAUGGAUCGGAAUGGACAAAUCGGAGCAGAGGAUGAAGGUAUUGCAGGAAAAGAGGGACGGAUUUGUGCAAAACCUAAUCGACGAGCACCGCAAAAUCGAGGAUUCAGAUAACAACAGGACACUGAUUCAAGUUCUUCUUUCACUCCAGAAAUCAGAUCCUGAUUCCUACACCGACGAAAUCAUCAGAGGCUUGAUGCAGGUGCUGUUCUCCGCCGGGACGGACACGUCGGCAGCGACGACGGAAUGGGCGAUGUCGCUGCUGCUGAACAAUCCAGAAGCACUAAUCAAAGCACACAGCGAAAUCAACGCCGUCGUCGGAAAUUCUCGGCUAGUCGAAGACUCCGAUCUUCCUCAUCUACCUUAUCUCCGCGGAAUCAUCCUUGAAACUAUGCGUAUGUAUCCUGUCGGUCCGAUUCUACCGCCGCACGAAUCGUCGGAAGAUUGUAUCGUGGGAGGGUACCGCGUACGGCGAGGGACGAUGCUGUUGGUGAACGCGUGGGCGAUACAUAACGACCCACUGGUAUGGGACGAGCCAAGGGAUUUCAGGCCGGAGAGGUUUCUGAAAUUCCGGGAAGAAACAGAGGGUUUGGCGAUGGUGCCGUUCGGAUAUGGAAGGAGAGGCUGCCCCGGCGAGAAUUUGGCGAUGCGCGUGGUCGGGCUGGGGCUGGCGGCCAUGAUUCAGUGCUUCGACUGGGCCAGAGUCGGUCCGGAGAUGGUGGACAUGGCGGGCGGCGCGGGGCUGACGAUGCCCAAGGCGGAGCCGCUGGUGGCGAAAUGCCGCCCACGGCGGAGCGCCGGGGAAUUGCUCCGCCAGAUGACGGUUUGACCAAAGUCAACAGAUUAGGUAUGUAUGUAUGUACAUUUUUUAUAUUUAAAUUCACAGAAAAAUCAAAAUUGAAUUUUAAUAACAACCACUGUGUAGUUGGAAUGAUGUCAUGAAAAAUAAAAUUGUGAGUUGGGUUUUUCAGAUUUUAUAAAAAUUGAAUUAUAGUGGUGAAAAAUACUAUAAAAAUACUUUUUGUGUGAUAAAGAUUUUUGAAAAAGAAAAAUGAAAAAAAUUAUAUUUGAUGGUAUUUGGAUGACUUUAAUGGACAAGGACCAAGUCAGAUAAGUUAGAUGGUUUCAUGAAUCCAAGUCAACUGCUUUCUAGAUUUGAUUAUUUUAAGGUUUCGUAAUAGUGAGUGAUAUCAUCAAGCUUAUGUUUGAACGUGU